AUGGCAACAGUACCUAGUAAAGCUCGAUGUAGUACAUGUGGUAAAGAAAAGAGUACAGUAAGAUGUGAAGGUUGUUUAAAACUGUUUUGUUAUAAUCAUUUAACUGAUCAUCGUCAAGAAUUAAGUGGAGAACUAAAUGAAAUUGAAAUUAAUCGUGAUCUACUCCGACAAACACUUACUGAACAGGCACAUGAUCCGACACAGCGUAUAUUGAUAAAAAAAAUUAAUAAAUGGGAAGAAGAUUCGAUAAAAAAAAUCCAUAAAGCAGCACACGAAUACAGACAACUAUUACUUCAAACUACGGCUGAAAAUAUUACUGAAACAGAGCUUAAUUUAGCCAAACUAACUGAUCAACUAAAACAAACACGUCUAGAAAAUGAUUUUAAUGAGAUAGAUUUAAAUCAUCUUAAAAGAACACUAACACAAUUAGCAAAAAGACUUGAUAUGCCACCCAAUCUCUCAAUGAAAGAAGACAGUGUAGCACUUAUUCACCGAAUUUCUAUUGUUUUAUCUUCUGGUCAUUCUAAUCCACGCGUUAUUGAAUUACGAAAAGCUGCCGAAAGUUUUGGAUUUCAUAUAAAAGGUGGUCGAGAAGAAAACUCUCCUAUUUACAUAUCACAUGUUACUCCAUAUGGUGUUGCUUGGGAACAUGGUGAGUUAAGAAAAGGUGAUCAAUUAUUAUCAGUGAAUGGUGUUUCUGUUGAAAAUGAAUAUCUUGAAACAGCUGUACGUUUACUUAAACAAGCGCAAGGUAUCGUGAAAUUAGUUGUACAAUAUUCGCCACAAGAUUUAAUCGAAAUGGAAAAUCACUUCGACCAAUAA